AUGACCGACUACCUCACGCAGCUCCCCGCCGAGCUCUUCAUCACGAUCUGCGAGCUCGUGCGCGCGUCGCGCAAAGGCCCGUACCUUGGCCGCAUCUCCAAGGCGUUCCUCCCCGUCGCCCGCCGCUUCACGUUCCGCAAGGUCACGGUCAGGACGUUCGCCAAGCUGUCCAGGCUGUGCGACGUUCUCAUCGCGUCGCCCGGCGCUGCCCUUUACACGGUCGAGCUCGAGAUCCUCCUGUUCAGUGCGGCCGUCGACCCGGGCGAGCUCAAGACGGCGACGUUCAACUCGGCGAUGCGCCAGCUCAAGAACCUGUCGAAGCUCGCCAUGCACAACACGGCCCGUUUCGUCAAGAGCAUCUUUGCGCCAACGGGCCAGAUGCUCCCCAGCCUGUGGUCGUUGACGAUCCUCGACCGGUUUGACGGCUGGUCGAACCCGUUCGACCCGAGCAACUUCCGCCACCUCGAGCGGUACCCCGUGCUUUCGCGCUUCGACCUCGAGGUCAACCGCACCGUCGAGAGCCUGGGCAGGUACCGCCCAUCCAAGAACCUGCCGAAGCUCAACUUCGGAUGGUCUCUCUGGCUCGCCGGUCCGCUCAGCAGCAACGACGCCGUGCCCGACCUCCUCUCGUGCAUCGACGUGAUCGGCAACCUUGGCCUGUACGACAAGGCGUCGUCGGCCACAGCGACCCUGCCCGCCCUUCUCGACUCGGUCAAAUACCCCUACUUCAUCCAGGACCUCUCGCUCGAGCAGGCCGCCAACGACACGGUGCCUCUUGUCGCGGCCAUCUCAAGGUUCCCGCGCCUCAAGAUUCUCGAGUUCCGCGCCCGCGUUUGGAGCGACGUCAUGCUGCCUGUCCUGCACGGCCUCGAGCGCCUCGAGGAGCUCUACUUCCAGUCGCGCGGCGUAUCGACUGAGGAUCUGCGCGCCAUCCUCGACGGGCCGCUCAUGGUCAACAACCUCAAGAAGGUCGCCGUGAACACCGUCGACUACGGCGAGUGGGGCGAGAUCAUCGGCUUCGACUGGACGUCCGAGUUCAGCCUGAACGGCCUCGUCGAUCUCCUGCCCGUCGCAGAGCAAAGGGGCGUGCACCUCGAGGGAUAUCAGCAGACGGCGCCGGCACCUCAGCCCCUCCAGCUAGCCGCCGUCCUCAACGACUCGUCGACGCGCGACGCCGCGCUCGCCGCUCUCGCCCCCGAGGCCGACCAGUCCGACGACCAGGCCCACAAGGCGCACAAGCAGGCCCUCUUCGCCGUCGCCCCGAUGCUCUCGCUCCCCGCCCUUCUCGUCGUGCGCCGCGGACAAGCCGGCGACACCGAGCCGAUCGACGUCAGCUCGACCAUCGACGCGCAGCGCGACUGGGUCGUCUCGAACGAGUGCCCGCCGGCCAUGCGCGACGGCUACCUCGUGCGCGUGCUCGGCGAGACGGGCGGCGAGGGUCCGCAGCAGCAGGAGGGAGCGGGAGGAGGCGAGUGGGCGAGCGUCUGGGCGGGCAUGCAGGGCGUCGCGAGCGACCUGGGGUCGCAGGUCGACAAGGGCAUCAUCCUCGAGGCCGACGGCGGUCGCAAGCCCGUCGAGGUGACGUGCAAGACGGCCAACGAGUUCAAGUCGGCGCUCAGCAAGGCGACCGGCGGCGUCCUCGACAAGCUCGACUGGUCGAACGUCGUCCUCGGUGGAGGUGCCGUCCUCUCUAUCCUCACGGGCCAGCAGGAGAGCCAGAGCUACAAGGGCAGCGACCUCGACCUGUUCCUCGUCGGGCUCGAGCCGCAAGAGCUCAUCCCCAAGAUCAAGAGCAUGAUCGACCAGAUCAAGGACGCCCUGCCGCCGGCCCCGAAGAAGACCAAGCGCGUGUACGGCAAGGACUACCGCUCGACCGAGGUGCCUGUCGCGUCGGACGAGGAGGAGGGUUGGGCUAUGGACCACGCGUACGACUGGAGCGAGCAGCACAAGGGCGAGCUCCUCGUCAUCAAGGGCUUCAACGCGUUCACACUCGUGCCGCCCAUGACGGUCACGGGCCGUCGCCCGGUCCAGAUCAUCCUCCAGUCGCACAAGACCGUGUUCGACGCCCUCGCCGGCUUCGACCUCGACUGCUGCUCGGUCGGCUGGAACGGCACCGAGGUCGUCGCCGUUCCUCGCGCCGUGCGCGCCCUCGCCCUCGGCGCCAACCUGCUCGACGUCAAGCUCGCGCGCAAGGGCGACCCGACCUCGUCCAUCGUCAGCAGCCGCUCCCUCAAGUACCUCACGCGCGGUAUCUCGCUCGCGCUCCCGGCCGCCGCCCAGUCGAUCCUCGACGCCGAGGGCCUCGACCUCGAGAAGCUCCUCAAGGCCGGUCGCGACAAGGCGGCGAGCGAGACCGAGCGCAAGAAGGUCAAGACGGACGACAUGAGCGGCCUCGCCGGUACGCUGCGUCGCCAGUGGAAUGUCGCGAACGGCAUCGGCGGUGGGCGCGACGUCGCUCCUUUCGGCGCCGACUACGGUCCUGCCAACAGCUCGUGGCACAAGCUCGUCUCGUCGUUCGAGAUGGCGGUUUGGGAGAACGGCUGGAUCUCGCACGAGUUCUGGGAGCACGCGGUCAAGACGAUGGCGCCGGCGGUCAGCGAGCUUCUCUUCGCCGACAAGAAGGACCUCGUCAAGCUCACGCCCUCGUACCUUGGCGUCACGGCGUCGUACGUCGUCCCGUACGUCGCGAGCUUCGACCCCGACUUUGUCCUCGACCUCGACGAGCCCAAGAAGAACCUUUUCAAGCUGUCGUGGAACGACAUCCAGAACCUGCAGUACAUCGUCAAGCUCCCUCGCUCGGUGCUCGCCCUCAUCGACGACGCCGAGAUCAAGCUCAAGGAGAUUAUCGCCGACGCCAAGGCCGCCGACGACUCGGGAUCGCCCGGCAAGAAGGUCAAGGGCGACGAGGAGCCGUCUGCCGCCACCGACGUCUCGCCUGAGGCGCUCAAGGCCAUUCAGAGCGCCCUCGACACGGUCAAGAACGUCUCGGAGACCGACCAGCCGCGCCAGAAGCCGUCGGUCCCCAACACGUCGUCGCAACGCCUCGACCCGCUCGUCACUGACUCGUUCCCGGGCCCGUACGAGCCCUCGCCGCGUCACGCGCCGCGCAAGCCCAAGGCGCCGUCGUCCAACAUGAGCAAGAGCAUCGUCAACCCGCUCGUCGACCACGCCGGCCUCGAGAUCAAGACCAAGUCGACGAGCGACUUCGUCUACCGCGUCGCCGUCCUCGGCGGCCUUUGGCAGUUCCACGGCCUCGACACGGUCAUCGACCGUGCGCUGCAGGUCAUCUGGCAGGCUUGGGUCGCGACGGCCCGUGCGGCGACGUCGCUCCCGCAGGAGCGCAACGAGGGCAUGCAGUUCGUCCUCGAGCCCGACGAGUGGGCCGUCUACAAGGCCAAGUUCGCCGCUCAGCCGUCCGCCGCCUCGGUGCUCGCCAAGCUUUCGCGCGACCUCUCGCGCCUCGCGCGCAACAUGGCCAAGAGCAUUGAGGCGGAGCAGAGCUCGGGCCAGAAGCGUGCGCUCGGCGAGUGGGACGAGGAGCGCAAGCGCUACCUGCUGCAGUGGGUCGCCGACGAGGAGAUGAUCUGA